AUGAGUUUCCAGAUUUUUUGCAUCGUUUUAGGUGAUGCCAUUAAGAAUUCUUUCCCGGUUGAUAUCAGUGAAGACAUGUACGUUGGGAGUCUCAAGUAUCUCAUCAAAAAGAAGAAGGAAAAUACCUUUGUUAAUGUUGAUGCUUGCGAACUGAGACUAUGGGGUGUGAAUAUUCCUACCGAAGGUGAAGAUCCAGAAACCAAAAUAUACGCCGAAAAUAUCAAAGAACAAUACCAAGUUAGUUUGAUUAAGAACCUAGCAAUUUCACAGCAAUUUGAAGAAUCAUUGAAACUCUCUAUGUGGUUUGCCCACUUGGAAAAUUCGAAGAAGGAGAAUUAG